GUUUUCUUCUUCGUUUGUCCGUGCUUUGCAGCAAUGCCUGCACUCACCAUCUCUUACAACGCGGUGAACGAAGAAGGGACGUUUUCAGAGGGAGACAUCUUAACAGGAACUGUCACUCUGCAGCUGUCGAAAGAGACCAAGUUUCAGAAGCUGUUUGUGAAAUGUAAGGGAGAUGCUAACACUCUCUGGACGGAAAAUCAGGGCGACCAAAGUCUCACGUAUGGGGCACACAAAAGGUACUUCAAACUGAAGCAGUUUUUAACCCCUGAGGAAUCAGAAGAAAAUGUUUUGCCUCAAGGAAUCCAUGUUUACAAGUUCAGCUUUACAAUACCGACAGAAAGCAUGCUGUCAUCCUUCAAAGGAACUUAUGGAGACAUUGUUUACAAGCUGGAGGCCAAGCUGUCCAGACGUUGGAAGUCGGAUURCAAAGCGGAAAAGGAGAUCACUUUUGUCUCUAAAUCUUUUCCAAAUAUUUACUCUCUCAUGGAACCCCAAGCUGGCUCAACAGAUAAAAAGAUGGGUCUUUUCUCCAAAGGACAUGUGCACAUGGAUGUGACCAUGGACAAGGGUGUUUUUGCUCUAGGUGAAACAAUUAAGAUUGUUGCCAACAUAAACAACUCUUCAUCCCGUGACAUGACUCCCAAAUUUAGUUUAGUUCAAGACGUAAAGUUUCGUGAGCAAGGAGAAAGCAAACGUCAGAGCUACAAUGUCAACAAACGUCAGAGCUACAAUGUCAAAAAACUGGCCAGUGAUCCAAUUAAACCCAAUACUCAGCAAAAGGUAGAGUUUUCCAUGCAGAUUCCCUGUGAUCAGGUGCCAUCAAUCCCAAACUGUGAACUCAUCACAGUGAAAUACAAGUUAAAGGUGUAUCUGGACAUUAGCUUUGCCUUUGAUCCAGUGGUCCUGCUGCCAGUGCUCAUUGUUCCUCCCAACUUUGCUCCUGUUGGUCCUUACCCUAUUCCAGCUUUUGGGGGCCAGACCAAKAGUGYSUUCCCUCCCCCUGCAGUAACUGGAGGUCUUUAUCCUGCAUAUCAACAGCCAGGCAAUUAUGGGUAUCCAGCAGUCCAAAGUCCUUCUGCACCACCACCUGAAUACCCAGUGAACCCACAGAUGCUGGCUGGCCCACCAGGUGUUUACCCCACUCAACCACCACUCAUGUAUGGGGGCUAUUGUACCCCAAUGCCACAAGUGCCUUCUCCACGCGAAUCUUCAUCCUCAGCUUCUGUGAUGCUCCCUCCACCACCACCCGGGACGUUUCACCCGCCUCCAUCAGCACCACAGAUCCAGCCCCCUACUUACUUUGUGCCUCCAUCAGAUCCAGCUAGUAACCUGAUCCCUUCUGCUCCAGGGAUGAAUACAGAUUUCCUGUCACAGGCAAAUAAGGCUCCUCCAUCAUAUUUGGAUUUUCUAUCUUCUCAUCCAGAAAAAUCUUAUUCUAAAUGAUUCAAUAAAAAACAUUAUUUAGUCAGGUAUUCAAUGUAAAAUGUGUUGUCAAUCAACUAUAACUAAAGAGGUUGCUUUGCCACAACGUGACGUUUUUAUGUGAUUCAAGUUAUCAGUUGGCUUUAUGUAGCUGCUAAUAUAAUAAAAUCUAAACCUCA